AUGAGCAAUCUUGACAAGGCCAUCGCGCAGCUGCGCGCCUGCCGACUCAUCCCCGAAGCCCACGUACGGGAGCUCUGCCACCGGGCGCGCGAGCUCCUCAUCGAGGAGGGAAAUGUGGUGACUGUGGCGGCGCCGGUGACGAUAUGCGGCGACAUCCACGGCCAGUUUCACGACCUCAUGGAACUCUUUCGCGUCGGCGGUGAUGUUCCCGACACAAACUACCUCUUCAUGGGCGACUUUGUCGACCGUGGAUUCUAUUCCCUCGAGUCCUUCCUCCUCCUCCUCUGCCUCAAAGUUCGAUACCCCGACCGCAUGACGCUCAUCCGCGGCAAUCACGAGUCCCGACAGAUCACGACCGUCUACGGCUUCUACGACGAAUGCCUUCGAAAGUACGGCAGCGCCAACGUCUGGCGCUACUGCUGCGACGUCUUCGACUACCUCGCCCUCGGCGCCAUCAUCCUCGGCGCCUCGAGCCAGUUCUCCUCCAACAAGGAAGAGGAGGACACGGAAAUUGAGGUCUGCGACCAGGACGGAGACAUCAUGAGCCGCUUCCACCGCAAGGGGGGUGAGCACGAAGGAGACGCCGUCGACGGCGCCAACGGCGCCAACGGCACCCACGAGGCCACCCGGCCGGCCGACAGGACGGGUCCGCCGGGCACGGGCGCGUCCGGGGACAGCAACGGCAGCGUGGGCAACCCGGCCGGCGCGGUGCUGUGCGUGCACGGCGGGUUGAGCCCGCUCAUCGACACCGUCGACAAGAUCCGCCUCAUCGAUCGGAAGCAGGAGGUGCCUCAUGAGGGCGCCAUGUGCGAUCUGCUGUGGUCGGAUCCCGACGACAUCGACGGCUGGGGCCUCUCGCCGCGCGGCGCCGGAUUCCUCUUCGGUUCCGACAUCGUCAAGGUCUUCAACCACCGAAACGACCUCAGCAUGAUCGCGCGCGCCCACCAGCUCGUCAUGGAAGGCUUCAAGGAGAUGUUCGACGCCUCCAUCGUGACGGUCUGGUCGGCACCCAACUACUGCUACCGUUGCGGCAACGUGGCGGCCGUGCUCGAGCUCGAGGAGGAUGGCGCGGCGGGCAUGGGCGUGCUCGCGCGGAGCAACGGCGACGUCGGCCGCAGCGACGGCGGAGGACCCGAUUCCGAUUCCGACUCGGCUUCGAGGUCGGCCUCGAGGUCGGCCUCGGCGUCGUCGGCCGUCGUCACCAACAAGAGCGGGCCGGCAAGGCGAUACAGGGUGUUCCAGGCAGCGCCGCAGGACUCCCGGGGAAUGCCGGCGAAGAAACCAGUAGCCGACUACUUUCUCUAG